AAGCCAGGCAAGCCCUCCGCCAAAGCCAACCAGGCGGCAAAGGCAACCCUGCGCGGUGUCAACUCGCACAAGGUCCGCAAGGUCCGCACCAACACCUCCUUCCACCGCCCGAAAACCCUCACCCUCUCGCGAGCGCCCAAGUACCCGCGCAAGUCCGUCCCGCACGAGCCUCGCCUCGAUGCCGGAAAGGUGAUCAUCCACCCGUUAAACACCGAGAGCGCGAUGAAGAAGAUUGAGGAGAACAAUACACUGGUGUUUAUUGUGGAUGUCAAGGCGAACAAGAGGCAGAUCAAGAUGGCGUUGAAGAAGUUGUAUGAUGUGGAGUGCGUGAGGAUCAGUACGCUGAUUAGGCCUGAUGGCUCGAAGAAGGCCUUUGCGCGACUAACGCCGGACGUGGAUGCGCUUGAUAUUGCUGCGACGAAGCUGGCGAUUGUGUAA